CAUUGCAUGAUAGCAUGUGAAACUAUCAUUAGCUCAUAAUGUUUGUCAGUUUUUGACUUUGACAAGAGUUGACAAUCUAAAAGGUGAUCAAAGAAAGAUUUUAAUAAAAGGUUAAAAACACAUUUGUUCUUUGUAAGCUUUGUUCUUAAAUUUUGUUAAAAAAUGUCAGAAAAUAGAGAAGAAAUUUUAGCUGAUUUUCAAGCUUGCACUGGAAUUGAAGAUGUUGCUGAAGCUAUUUAUCACCUGGAUGAGGCCAACUGGGACUUAUUGCGUGCUGUGAGUAGAGUAAUGCCACCAGAUACUCAAAGUUUUCGUCCACCAGCUGUAGAGCCUGUAGAUCCAGAUGUCAUGAUAGUAGAAGAUGAUGCUGAUAUACCAAGUGCAGCAACUGCAGACGCAGCAUCAGAUAUGGUAGUAGUAGGCAACAGUUUGGGCCAUUCGUCUACAGUAACGAAAAAAGCAAAUACACCUGAUGACAGCUUUCCAUCCACUUCUGCUGGAAAAAGUGGAUCACGAAUGUUAAAAUUUAAUGUGCAGUACUGUGAUAGAGUUGUCAAAGUUGAAUUACCAGAGUCUGCAACCGUUAAUGAUCUGAAACUAAAGUUGCACAGAGAAGUGAAAGUAAAUCCUUGCAGACAGCUUCUUUCCAGUUGGGCUCGAUUAGCACAGUAUGAAGAUACUCCGUUUUCGAAGCUCAUGUUACCAGGUGACAAUUCGCUUCAUUUAACAGUAAAACCAAGCGAUGGAGCUUUCACCUCAGACGAAGAAAAUGCCGUAUCUGAAAAAUUAAGAGGUACUUACACUCUAAACGUAAAAUAUGAGAAUAAGACAUUUAAUUUAAAAUAUCAAGGAACAAAAACUAUUUUGGAAGUAAAAGGUGACGUUUACACGUUAACGAAUAUACAUGUGCGUAAUCAAGUAUGGAGUGGGUGGCCUCCUAAUAUAGACGACAAUACAGUACUCGCACUCAGUGGAAUAAACUAUCCUGAACAUGAUCUAUCAGUGCGACGAAGCACACAGAGUGUUAGAGAGAAAAAAAGUAUGCCCGUGGUUCAAAUUGACAGUGACGAUGACGAAUUUGAAGAUGCCUCCGAAAGUUUUACAGUUGAUGAUGAGUAUUUUGUUGACAAUGAAGGAGCAAAUGCAAAAAGAACAGACCCAUUAAUUCCAGAGGAUGUAGAAGAUGAAAUUGUAGGCUGUAUAACAUUUGCAGAACAGUUUACGACAAGAUACGGUCCUGUCCAUCCUGCCUUCUAUCAGGGAACAUUAGACGAUGCUAUCAAAGAAGCAUGCUCAAAACCUGCCAAAGACCGAAAAAUUUUGGCUAUAUACUUACACCACGACGCUAGUGUUCUUACAAAUGUUUUUUGCACACAACUGUUAGGUUUUGAAAGUGUAAUGCAAAUGUUCGAAAACAACUUUGUCCUUUGGGGUUGGGAUAUUACUUUUGAAAGUAAUAGACGCAGGUUGCAGCAAUCGGUUACGACAUCUUUGGGUGCUACAGCAGCAAUGAGUUUACGAAAUAUACCAGUAGAUAGAUUACCUGUCAUUAUACUUAUAACAAAAAUUCGAUCGACAAUUGAGAUUUUUAGUGUAGUGUAUGGAAAUGUUGGUGUAAAUGAGCUUUUGUCAAGUCUGAUAGAAUGUGUAGAAGUAUUUUUAGAACAUCAACGAGUAGAAAUAAAGGAAGAGGAGGAAAGAGCCGAAAGAGAAAUGGUUAAAUUAGAGCAAGAUUUAGCAUAUCGUGAAAGUUUAGAAGCAGAUAGAGCAAAAGAAGAGGCCAAGCGGUUACAAGAGAAAAAAGAAACUGAAACCAGGAAACGACUGGAAAGUGAAAAGGCACUCUCGGAAGCAAAAAAAGAGGCCUUUAGGAAACAAGUCGAAGCAGAUUUACCUCCCGAGCCAUCUCUAGAACAAGGCGACAGUAUUACUAAAAUACGAUUUAGGUUGCCAAAAGGAGAACAUUUGGAAAGGCGGUUUCAGACGACUACACCUUUGAAAGUGCUGUUAGACUUUUUAAUAGUGAAAGGAUAUCCUACGGAAGAAUUCAAAGUUAUAUCUAGCUGGCCUAGGAGAGACUUGACUUCAUUAGAUAAAAGCCAAACACUGAAAGAACUGAAGCUAUAUCCUCAAGAAACUGUGAUAUUAGAAGAGCGAUAGUUUUGAUCACACAUUCCCCAACCAAGGGUUAGGUUUUUAUACCAGCAUUUAAGCGUUGUAAAGUUAUUUAAUAUAUUUUUAAUUUCACGUAGUGUAUGAUUAAUUUAAAUGUAUGCAGUCCGAUGAAUAUACAUUACAUAAAAAAGA